CGUCAAACAUUCGCGUCUCGCUUCGAUGUCGGAUUUUUCAUACGCGUAUUUCCAUAGCUUUAGUGAAAUUUAAACAAACACAAAUCGAACAACCACUUUUUCCGCCCGCAUUGUGAUAAAAGUACAAGGAAGCGGCGUUAAUUGAAAUUGCAUUGUGUAUUAAUAAAAAAAUAUAAGAUUGAAAUCUCUCCUUAAAGGGCGCGAGGUGCGGCAAUUUAGCGGCCGAACAGUUGCCAUUGUGUUAGUGCGCUUAUAUGUGCGUCUGCUGCUUUGACUGCUACCAGUGACCGUUGUCUGCAGCUUGUCGGUCGCCGUACUCGUACUUUAGCACUUUAGGGCGGUGAACGAAAAAUCGAUUGUGGCGCUGACUGUUAGCCUUUUAGUUUGUCAGCCCAACUGUUACUAUUGUCCGUCUGUAAGUGCAUCUGCCUCUCGAACAGGCCUCUUCUAGCGGUUUCUGUGCCUAUUUUUCAAUCAUAACGAAAGGUGUGUAAACUUGUGACAAUAAAAAACGCGACAAAGUGAAAAAAACAUGCGAAAAAAUAAUAUAUAACACGCUGUAGUGCUAAAAAAAACUCAAUGCUUAUCGCUGUUGCUGAGAUCGAAUGCGGAAAGCGUUUUUUUUAUCUUUCAGCCCGAAAAAAACGUCAUAGCUGUCAAGAUACUGGACAUUCUUAUAUUUGAUAAGAACUGUCAACAAUGUCAAGCUCAUGAACACAUAAACAACAGUUGCAACGUUCCACGUAGAAAUCAAAACAAAUUAUUGUCCAAACAUUUCAGCGCACACAACGUACCGGCAUCUCGGCGAGACAAGCAAAACAAACACAAUCAUGAAAUUCUAGCAAAAAACUUAUUUGAAAACUGCACAAAAUUGAUUGGUGCAUAGCGAUCAAAUAGCAAUAAAAAUCACAGAAAAAAUCAACAAAUGUAAUAAAUACAUAUUUCGAUAAAAAAAAACACCGAUUGUGUCAGCUCUAGCGAUAAGUGAGAUUUGCAAGGCGAAGAUUUAACGCAGCCUAGGCUAGAGUUUGCACACACACGCAGCGCGAAUGUGACGUGAUUUCUUCGUUUGGACAGCAAACAAAAAUUAUCAGCAGGCACAAAUCUAAAUAAAUCUGAAAGACGACAUUUUUUUGUUUAAGCAAAAGGAACAUACAAAUUAAAUAUAACUAAAAAAGUCAACAACACUAACGCACGUAAGCCUAUUAAGCACGUAACGAUCGCACCAAAACCAAAAUUAGCAACUAAGAGGAAAAGUAAACAAAAAUCGAACUCAAAAAUAUUAUAUAUGUAAAUAUAUAUAUAUAUAUAUACUUAUUUAAAAAUACAACGCCAGAAUAUCUUAACUGCAAGCACUUGAAACUUAAGCGAAAAUAACUUAAAUCCCUAACUCAAUUUACAAGCAAACAAAAAUAUAAAUAAGUAAGCAACAGAGCAAGUGAACAAAUUGCAAACAAGCAUUUCUGCGCACAACAAAGUGCGCUCCUUCAUACACACAAACUCACACACACACACAUCCGUCUCAGAAAAGCCGCAAUAAUAUAAAAGCAAAAAGUCAAACAGAAAAAUUUUUAAAAAUAUUUAUUAGUAAAUAUUUGAACAAACUCGUAGCGCAUCCGCAACAACAAUAACAACCACAGUAGCAGUACUAGCAAUAGCAACAACAGCAGCAGCACAGCAGCAACAUUAUGAACUCAAGCACAAAGCACCUGUUGCACUGCACACUCCUUAUCACUGUGAUAAUAACAUUUGAAGUAUUCUCCGGUGGUAUUAAAAUCGACGAGAACUCAUUUACACUUGUCGAUCCAUGGACUGAGUACGGCCAAGUAGCCACUAUACUAUUGUACUUACUACGUUUUCUAACUUUCCUAACGCUGCCGCAGGUCUUAUUCAAUUUUUGCGGUCUCGUCUUCUACAAUGCCUUCCCCGAGAAGGUGGUGCUAAAGGGCAGCCCCAUAUUGGCGCCAUUCAUAUGCAUACGUGUGGUGACACGCGGCGACUUCGCCGAUUUGGUCAAGACGAAUGUGUUGCGUAACAUGAAUACCUGCCUGGAUACGGGUCUGGAGAAUUUCCUAAUCGAGGUGGUCACCGAUAAACCCGUCAAUUUGGCACAACAUCGUCGCAUACGUGAAAUAGUCGUGCCAAAAGAGUAUAAAACACGCACGGGCGCGCUGUUUAAGUCACGUGCUUUGCAAUAUUGUCUGGAGAAUGAUGUGAACGUGUUGAACGACAGCGAUUGGGUGGUGCAUUUGGAUGAGGAGACUUUGUUAACGGAGAAUUCGGUGCGUGGCAUUAUCAAUUUCGUUUUGGAUGGCAAACAUCCAUUCGGUCAGGGUCUCAUUACCUAUGCCAAUGAGAAUGUGGUCAAUUGGUUGACCACGUUGGCGGAUAGUUUCCGCGUCUCGGACGAUAUGGGCAAGUUACGCUUGCAAUUCAAAUUGUUUCACAAGCCAUUGUUUAGCUGGAAGGGUAGCUAUGUUGUUACGCAGGUUGGCGCCGAACGACAAGUGUCCUUCGACAAUGGCAUCGAUGGCUCCGUGGCCGAGGAUUGUUUCUUUGCAAUGCGCGCCUUUUCACAAGGCUACAGCUUCAACUUCAUCGAAGGUGAAAUGUACGAAAAGUCACCAUUCACGCUGCUCGAUUUCCUGCAACAACGCAAACGCUGGCUCCAAGGCAUACUACUGGUGGUACAUUCGAAAAUUAUACCGUUAAAGCACAAACUCUUGCUCGGCAUCAGCGUCUACUCCUGGGUCACUAUGCCCCUGUCCACAUCGAAUAUCAUUUUUGCCGGCCUCUAUCCGAUACCAUGCCCGAAUUUAGUCGACUUCGUUUGUGCUUUCAUUGCCGCCGUCAACAUUUACAUGUAUGUCUUCGGUGUGAUAAAGUCGUUUUCACUGUAUCGUUUUGGCUUGAUGAAAUUUAUGGCCUGUGUGCUGGGCGCCGUUUGCACCAUACCCGUGAAUGUGGUUAUUGAAAAUAUAGCUGUCAUUUGGGGUCUAUUCGGCAAGAAGCAUAAAUUCUAUGUGGUACAAAAGGAUGUGCGAGCAAUGGAAACUGUGUGAGCGGCUGGUCACAUACGUAUAUGUUUAUGGGAAAUUUUUUUUGGCUGCGGCUGUAACAGCCGCCAUGUAAGCAUUAUGAAUGUGCUCUACAGGACUUACACCCUGAAACUCAACUACCAAAAACAAAGCAAAAACAAACAAACGAUUACAAGCAACUUUUGUGGUGCGAUACUCACUAAGCUUAUGCGACCUUUGUCACCGCCAUUGCCGCCAAUGCCCAAUUAGCCAAUGCCAUCGCCUGGACAUCGUCGAUAUUUGUUCUUGCUGCUACCGCAAAACUAUCUACCAUGCACUAUUCACCUUUUGUUAUAACCUAAAUUAAUACUUAAACAAAUGAGAAAUCACGCACAUACACAUACGCGCCUCCAUACACGUACACCAACACGCCACACCACACCAAGCACAAAACAUGCAAAACAGCACAAAUCCAUUUACACGAUUAGUUCACUAACACACAUGUAGCAUAAAUAUCAUUAUAGUUUACUAUAUAUUUUACAACAGUAAUUAGAUCUAGAUUUGUUUAAUAUUAUUAUUGUCAUUAUUGUAUAUUAUAGAAAACGGUUAUUACGCAGUUGUAUGACUAAUAAUGAUUGUUGAUUCCGUUGAUGAUUAGAGAAAUAAUAUUUUGUUGAACAAUUCAUUCAAGCGCUAAGUAUUUAAAUAUUACCUAUGUAUAUGUAUACAACAACAAAUUUAAAAAACAUAAGGAAACUUGCAACAAAUAUUUGUAAAAUUACGAAAAUCACUCAUGUAUAAAUAGAAAAAAAUAAACUAUUUAAUUAGAACUAGGAGCAUCCACACUAACUGUAGUCUAACGUAAAAAUAUUGGUGCCGUCAGACUGCAAAACACGCGUGGCAACAACGUUAACGCGCAUAGGACACAUAAACCUUUAUUAUGUUGCAUGCGUCUGACUCAAGAUACGACCAUAUCGCGCACAUUUCCUUACAUUCGUAAAUUUAUUUAAUUUUGUAGCAUACAAUACGUAAAAAAGGUUAGUUUCUCUCCUCAUGUGAUUUCAGUAAUUAGUUUUUGCAAAAUAAAUAGAAACCUAACUUAUGUAUUAAGUUGAAAGUUCAUCAAAUAUAUGUAUAUGUAAAAUAAAUUUAUUUUUAAGUUAAAAGCGUAAUUCGCAGAUUUGUUGCAAGUGUUGAAAUUAAAUGAAAUAAAUUAAAUUAGCAUUGCAAACAGAAUACACAAUGAAAGCUUUACCAAGUUAAAUUAUUAAUUAUGUACAUAUUAUUUUCUAUUAAUAUUGAUUUUCUUUUUUUACAUUUAUAUGUAUAUAUACAACAUUUUUUAUUUAAUUUUAUUUUGUUUCGUUUUUGUUUAUAUAUCAUUGUCGCAUUAGUGGUAAGCGUGAAAAUAAUAUGAAGCAAAUACUUGAAUUGUUAACACACAUACAAUACAAAAACGUAAACGAAAUAAAACAACAACAAAGUAUUACCAUAAA